CCACUCUCUUCCUCCGUUCAUGUGGGAUUGAAAGUUUCAGACUUUCGGAACAGAAACACUCCACAAACGAAACCCAUUUCUAAUCAACGAGAACCCACCCAACUCCUUGCAAUGUCUUUCAUCACCAGAUCCAAACCCCACCAAUGGAAUCAAGCUAGGGUUUUCCUCUCUCUCCCCAGAUCCUCACACUCACCCUUCCGCUUACUCACCUCAACAAUCGAACCCACCGAUAACCCAUCCGAAACCCAACAAACCCAAUCCCCCGAUCCAACAAAGUCGAGACCUUCACCGCCGCCGCUCAGGGAGAGGUUCCAACGAGGUAAGAACCGUCAACGCCACGAAAAGCUAGAGGACACGAUCUGUCGCAUGAUGGAUAACAGAGAAUGGACCACCCGGUUACAAAACUCGAUCCGAGACCUCGUGCCCGAGUGGGACCACUCUCUUGUCUACAACGUCUUGCACGGCGCUCGAAAACUCGACCACGCGCUCCAGUUCUUCCGUUGGUCGGAGAGAUCAGGCCUCAUCCGACACGACAGGGACACGCACAUGAAGAUGAUCGAGAUGUUGGGACAGGGACAGAAGCUGAACCACGCGCGUUGCAUCCUCUUGGAUAUGCCUGAAAAGGGUGUGCCUUGGGAUGAGGAUAUGUUUAAGGUUCUUAUAGAUAGUUACGGUAAGGCGGGGAUUGUGCAAGAGAGUGUUAAGAUCUUUGGGAAGAUGAAGGAGUUGGGUGUUGAGAGGACGGUUAAGUCUUAUGAUGCUUUGUUUAAGGUGAUUCUAAGGCGUGGGAGGUAUAUGAUGGCGAAACGGUAUUUUAAUAAGAUGGUUGGGGAAGGUGUGGAGCCGACUAGGCAUACUUAUAAUCUUAUGCUUUGGGGGUUCUUUUUGUGUUUGAGGUUAGAGACCGCUUUGAGGUUUUGGGAGGAUAUGAUUGGGAGAGGGAUAAAGCCUGAUGUUGUUACGUAUAAUACUAUGAUUAAUGGGUUUGUUAGGUUUAAGAAGAUGGAUGAGGCUGAGAAGUUUUUUGUUGAGAUGAAAGGGAAGGGGAUUGAGGCGAGUGUUGUGAGUUAUACGACGAUGAUUAAAGGGUAUGUGUCUGUGGGGAGGGUUGAUGAUGGGUUGAGGAUCUUUGAGGAGAUGAGAUCUUUUGGUAUUGAGGCGAAUGCUACGACCUACUCCACGUUGUUGCCUGGUCUUUGUGAUGCGGGGAAGAUGGUGGAGGCUAGGAAUGUGUUGAAGAGUAUGAUGGCGAAACAUAUUGCUCCUAAUGAUAACGAGAUUUUUCUUAAGCUUUUGGUGGCGCAGAGCAAAGGUGGAGAUAUGGCUGCUGCCACUGAGGUGCUUAAAGCUAUGGCGACACUGAAUGUUCCAGCUGAAGCGGGACAUUACGGUGUCUUGAUCGAGAAUCAAUGCAAGGCUAAUGCUUACAACCGUGCUAUCAAGCUUUUGGAUAUUUUACUUGAGAAAGAGAUUAUACUGAGGCAUCAGGAUACUCUUGAGAUGGAGCCAAGCGCUUAUAACCCGAUCAUCGAGUAUUUAUGCAACAGUGGCCAAACGUCUAAAGCUGAAGUGCUUUUCAGGCAGCUGAUGAAGAGAGGUGUUCAAGACCAAGAUGCUUUGAACAAUCUUAUCCGUGGGCAUGCCAAGGAAGGAAACCCGGAUGCUAGCUACGAGAUUCUGAAGAUCAUGUCCAGGAGAGGUGUCCCUAGAGAAGCAAACGCGUAUGAGCUUCUUAUCAAGAGCUACAUUAGCAAAGGAGAGCCUGGAGAUGCGAAAACCGCUUUGGACAGCAUGAUUGAAGACGGACAUGUCCCGGAUUCAUCUCUCUUCAGGUCAGUGAUUGAGAGUUUGUUCGAGGAUGGUAGGGUUCAGACAGCAAGUCGUGUGAUGAUGAUCAUGAUAGAUAAAAACGUAGGCGUUGAAGAGAAUAUGGAUUUGGUUGGGAAGAUCUUGGAAGCUCUGUUGAUGAGAGGGCAUGUGGAAGAAGCAUUGGGGCGUAUUGAUCUUCUGAAUCAAAAUGGACAUACAGCUGAUGUGGACAGGCUGUUAUCUGUCUUGAGUGAGAAAGGGAAGACGAUUGCAGCGUUGAAGCUGUUGGAUUUUGGGUUGGAGAGGGAUCUUAGCUUGGAGUUUUCGAGUUACGACAAGGUUUUGGAUGCGCUUUUAGGAGCUGGGAAGACUCUGAAUGCUUACUCUGUUCUGUGUAAGAUCAUGGGGAAAGGAAGUGGGAGUGAUUGGAAGAGCUGUGAUGAUUUGAUCAAGAGCUUGAAUCAGGAAGGCAACACGAAGCAAGCAGAUGUUCUUUCUAGAAUGAUCAAGAAGGGACAGGGAAGCAAGAAAGACAAUGUUUCUCUAUAGAAACUGGAAGAAGUGGAUUCUCUGUUGGCUUUCAAGAACUUUUUUCACUAUUAUAUCGUUUCAGAAAUAAAUCCUUUUCUUAGAAACUUUGUUUUGAAGGGACUCGUUUGUAUGAUUCAGUGCUUUUUGAUAGUCUGAUUUGUUUUUCUGAAUGGUUCAAAGAUAUUUUGAAGUGGAUUUUCAGAUUUAUUUUUAUUUUGUGGAAGAUCUAUGCUGAACAAGAGUUGC